CAUUCAUUCAAUCAGUUACAAAACGCCGCUCGCGUCGACUGCACGCGCAAUUCGUUCGCGCGUUAAUCCGAAAAUCAAACAUUAAAAACUCUUUACAAACACGUAAAAAACUUAACAAGUUGACUCAGUGAUUAUUUCAAUAACAACUUUAGUAAAUUAUCUUCGCAAACAGAGCGAGUUACAUAAAGUUUUUUUACCGUUUUAACAACAAAAACAAACUAAGUGUCUCGGUGUCUCGUGUGAAAUCAUUGUGAGUUUUUGUGAGAAAUUAAUUAUUAAGUUAGUUCACGACCAGUGUUUAGAAACUUUAUUCAUAUUGUUUGGGAGCCGCCACAUAUCUUGGAGCAACCUUGCUUGACCGGUUAUUUAAGCAGACAAAAUGUUGCCAAGGAAAAGAAGUGUGAUGCUGUUCAGCAUAUUAGUAGCGGUAGUGAUACAACAGACGGAGCAAUAUAGUUCCGGAGCUCCUUCAGGGGCCUGCAUAGACCAAACUCCGCGCCACGAGUCGAUAAAGCCGCAGUCUUCGACGCCCCCCUACUUAAUCCUGACAUCAGCCUCUCAAGUGCGACAGGGUGACACCUUGGAGGUCACUGUGGGGAGCCCGGCGGGAGCACCCUUGCCUAUUGGAGGGUUUAUAUUGCAGGCUAGGCAGAUACAGAACCAGGACCAAAUCGUAGGCAAGUUCGUAGGCUUACCUGACGAUAAGCUCACACACUUGGUGACCUGCAGCAACGCCAAUGACACCGUGACGCACUCCUCGCCCGAAGACAAGCCAGCCAUGACCUUCCAGUGGCAAGCGCCCACUGACUUCUUAGGUGGCGUUGAGUUCAGAGCGACAGUCGCCCAAAGUUACGCGACAUUCUGGCUGAACGUGGAAUCUGCUUUAGUAGAAGUGGUGACUCCUGACACUCCGAUCAAUGCUCCGGCCACCACGCCUAGAUCUGCCAUCCCGACGCCAGCACCACCCGUUAUCAUGGAAUCUAAGCCUAAAGAAGCACCCCGUGCCCUCGACACCAUCUACGAAGGUUGUGGUUCAACAAAACUUUGCUUCGGCGUACCCCAAAACUGCAUACCCAAGGGCGACUGCAAAGCUAUCGUCGCAGUCAUAGUCAAAGGGGACAAAUAUGACUUCCAGAUGCAAGGAUCUGGGAACCCCAAAUAUAUUGCAGCAGCUUUAAGUACUGACAGCAAAAUGGGUGAUGAUAGUGCCGUGGAAUGCGUUAGAGAGGACAAUGGGAAGAUUAAUUUAUACACUUCUUGGACAUAUCCGAAAGUGGAGCCGUAUGUCAGCCGGUCUGACUCUCCCCAAGAGAUCGCUCAAUUGCAGCUCAGUUCGAAUAUAGAUGGGAAAUUGUUCUGUAUGUUUAGUAGGGAUGCUGUGUCCGUUGUGAAAGGACAGACGUUUGAUUUGUUGAAGAAUUCUUAUAACUUGAUGGUGGUUGCUGGCAGUUCUAUGAAAGACCCGAACCGCGUGGGUUUCCACGACCUAGCAUACGAAGCUACCGGCGAGCCCAUGCAGCUCUCCGUAGUGGGCACCCCGCCGCCCAAGUCCAAACUGCUGCUCAAGCUGCACGGAUGCUGUAUGUUAGUCGCUUGGCUGGCUACCUCGUCUAUUGGGAUAUUGCUUGCUAGAUACUUCAGACAGACAUGGGUCGGCAAGCAGUUGGGCGGCAAAGACAUCUGGUUUGCGUACCACAGAAUCUUCAUGGUUCUAACCUGGCUGCUGACAGUCAUCGGUUUCAUCCUGAUCCUCAUAGAAGUCGGAGGCUGGUCCACUACGGGAGACAACCCUCAUGCUAUCACUGGCAUUGUCACUGUCAUACUGUGCUUUAUACAGCCUAUUGGUGCAUACUUCAGGCCGCACCCCGGCACUAACAAGAGACCAAUCUUCAACUGGAUGCAUUGGCUUCUUGGAAAUGCCGCGCAUAUUCUAGGAAUCGUAACAAUAUUCCUGGCGGUAUACCUAACGAAGGCGGAGCUGCCUCCAUGGAGCGUCUACAUACUGGCGGCAUUCGUCGCCUUCCAUGUCGUCAUGCAUCUUGUGUUGUCUCUGACAGUAUGCGUGUCGGACGGACGUAUUAGCAAUGGUCGCAUCAAUGCAUUCCCCAUGAAGGACAUGCUCGGACAUCCGAGACCAACCACGCAGGUCGACCGCAGCACUGACGCACCGUUCUCAAGCUUCAGACGGCUGCUUCUAGGUGUCUACACGCCAAUAGUGAUACUAUUUGCCAUCGCAAUGGUCUGUCUCGUCGCAUUGGCACCAAUCGCAGAAACCUACGACACUAUCAUGGGUGCUUAACAAAACAAAUCAAGAAGUUCUAAUUUUAAAUCUGGAUGUGGCUUUAAAAUAACGAUAAAUGGAACAACCUUUUUUUUUAAAUUGACCUUUUCAUAUAAUAUGUGAAAUUAACAAAUGAGAUUUUAAAGCCCCCAAAAUAAAAAGUAUACAUUGGCCCAUGCGUGGCCACUACACACCAUCACCAAUGUGUACAGGGGGUAUUGGUAUAUGUUGGCAGAC